CUUCUCUCAUAUUCAGCUCUAACUCUACUAAGAAAAUCUUAUUCAAAAGAAAAAUUCUACUAACAAAAUGAAGAAGAUGGUGGCGAUGAUGCAUGUUAAUGACGAGAGACCAGAGGAGAAAAUCAUUAGAACAGUUGCUAACUGUCCAGCAUACGGCGGACAAAACUUUCAAGUCAACGGGUUUUCUUCUCCCCAAAAUCUUCCUGAUGCUGAUUCUGCUUCAACUCCCAAACUUGGGAGCCUUGACGAUCCAGGUCCAAGUCCUGAUGGAGAUGUCAUAGAGUGCGUGGACAGAAGAAGUCAACCGGCAUUCAGUCAUCCUCUUCUAAAAUAUCACAAGCUUCAGGAAACACCCACAGAAUUUCCAGGUAUGACAAAAAAUGAAGAUGAAGUAAUCUGGCAUCGCAACGGAACUAAGUGUCCGACGGGAACAGUUCCGAUACGGAAGGUGACUCAGAUCAACGGAACAAGUUCAGAGGCUGCGAACAGAUUCACCAAAGAACACGAGUAUGCCAUCGGAUAUAUGAAGAGUAUCCCAUCAAAGAUUUAUGGCACGAAGGCCAAAAUGAGUGUGUGGCACCCGAAGAUACAAAACGAUUCAGGCGAAUUCAGUCUAGGACAGGUUUGGCUCGCUUAUGGAUCUUACACAGCCGGCGAUCUGAACAGCAUCGAGGCUGGCUGGCAAGUUUAUCCCCAUAUAUAUUUAGACAACCAGCCAAGACUUUUUAUUUUCUGGACGAGAGAUGCGUACAGGAUCGUUAGAUGUUACAAUCUGGACUGCCCUGGUUUUGUUUAGACCAGCCCAAAAGUCGUUAUAGGAGGUGCAAUUUCCCCCACGUCAGCUUUCCAGGGCGCUCAAACCGUACUAACGAUUCAAAUAUGGAAGGAUCCCAAGCUCGGACUUUGGUGGUUGGGUGUCAGCUUCAACAACGGCACCCUCCUUGAGCCAGUAGGGUAUUGGCCGACAGAGAUAUUUACUCGGCUAACGGAAUAUGCAGAGUUGGUGCAAUGGGGCGGUGAAGCUAUAAAUCGAAACAUCUCCGGCCAGCAUACCACAACCCAGAUGGGAUCUGGUUAUUUUCCAGACCACGGCUUUGGAACAGCCGCCUACAUGUGCGAUCUGCAAAUCGCAGCAAACAAAAGUGAAUUCCAACCACUAUAUGGGCUCGGCGUAGAAGCAACUAACCCCAGAUAUUAUAACGUCAAAAAGGCGAACGAUACGUGUUUCUUCUUUGGCGGGUCAGAGCACGCGAGAGGUGUUAGUCUUAGAGUGGAGUUGGUGAUUUUACAUUUUACUUUCCUCUUUUACUUCUUCGCUUGUAUAAUCUAGGUAUAAUGUUUGGUACUAUUAAGAGAGC